GUUCACAUGCGAUCCUGACGUCGAUUUCGUCCGUGGCAUGAUCCCGCAUCAUGAGGGAGCCGUGGCCAUGUGCGCAGCCCUGGAUCAGUCGCAAAGUUGGCUGGAGGUGGGACUCGUCCACUUUUGCUACCAUGUGGCCUUAGAGCAGACGUGGGAGGUUCAGGGAAUGCAGCGCUGGCUGGAUUCGCGGAAUCUCACAGCCGGCAAG